AGCCUGAAACUGCAGGUCCGGAUGGAAUUUAGUAAAAAAAGUGCAUAUAUUGCAGUGUACUGCGGUGUCGUGAGUUAUUUUUGUUUGUGACAACAUUGUGUGUUUUGUCGCGUAAUCGCGGCUCGGGCAUGCGUCGCGUAGCAUGAGCGGUGCGCGCGCGCACGAGCCUCGCGACGCGCCGCGCCUACACCGCUCGCAUCCUCACCCACAGGGUGGCGAGAGGCGCGGGCGCAGCAAGCGGCCUUCCGGUAGUUCGGCGUCGUCGCUCGGGCGUGGCGCGCUCUCAGACCCCGACUUGCAGAGCAGAUUGCAGCCUAACCUCACCGCAUUCUGGGAAUCCUCGCCCACAUUGACGCUUUUAUCUUCCAAGGGCUCAGCGGAUUCAAACUAUUCACAACCCUCUUCAGAGCUGUCGCUGGACGAGGAUCGGGAGGCCCAGAGACGGGAGAAGGAGGCCCAGGCCCUGCUGCAGCUGGAUAAGGCGAGGUCGAAGCCGGUGGCCUUCGCAGUGCGCACCAACGUAGCCUACGAUGGCACCAUUGACGAUGAUUCACCCGUGCACGGCAGCGCGAUAUCCUUCAAGGAGAGGGACUUCCUGCACAUUAAGGAGAAGUACGAUAACAAUUGGUGGAUCGGUCGCAAGGUGGAAGUGGAUGCAGACGUGGGCUUCAUUCCGUCCCCGGUGAAGUUGGAAGCGGUCCGUUCCGGGCUGGGCAGGGGCCGGUACCCGCGACCAACUUCCGGCUUGGCCCCGAACCCCUCGCAGACCCUCCCCAGCCGAGGUAGCACUCCCCCCACGCCCGGAGAAGACUCGGAUACAGCCGGGCGAGGGCGUGGCGCAGGGGCGUUACCUGCGGGUAAAGAAAAACGAAAGCCUUUCUUCAAGAAGCAGGAGGCUUGCACGCCAUACGACGUAGUGCCUUCAAUGAGGCCUGUGGUUCUCGUGGGACCUUCGCUGAAGGGUUACGAGGUCACAGACAUGAUGCAAAAGGCUCUAUUUGACUUUCUCAAACGGAGGUUUGAGGGGAGGAUAAUAAUAACGCGCGUAAUGGCGGAUAUUUCGCUCGCAAAACGAUCGUUACUGAACAACCCGUCGAAGCGAGCGAUCAUGGAGCGGUCCAACUCUCGUUCGACGUGUCUCGCCGAAGUGCAGACGGAGAUCGAACGGAUAUUCGACCUGGCCCGGACGUUGCAGUUGGUAGUUUUAGACUGCGAUACGAUUAACCAUCCCUCACAGCUCGCUAAGACCUCGCUGGCCCCAACCAUUGUGUACCUGAAGAUAUCUAGUCCUAAGGUUUUACAAAGAUUAAUAAAAUCCCGCGGGAAGGGGCAAAGUAAGAACCUGUCCGUGCAAAUGGUUGCCGCCGAGAAACUGGCUCAGUGUCCGAAUGAGAUGUUCGAUCUCAUCUUGGACGAUAACCAGCUUGAGGAUGCGUGUCAACGCAUCGCGGAUCAUUUGGAAAAUUAUUGGAAUGCAACGCAUCCGCCCGUAGCGGCCGCCGCCCCCCGCCCCGCACCUCACCCCUCGCACGCCGCAACCCCACACGCCCAGCCUGAACCCCCUGCUCACUCUGGAGGACACCGGGAGAGAUCCGACUCCUAUAAUUACGAGAGGGAGAGAGGUGCCAGAUCGCGGGCUGCCCGACCGGAGCGACUCGAAGAGGAGUACUACCCCCGCGAGCAAUACCAUCGUUAUCCGCGGGAAUAUCCGCGAGACCGCGACUACCACGAUGGAUAUUCCCACGACUACCGAGGAGACGAGGCCUACGGCCACGAUUACACGAGGGAGUACGGCCGCGACUACGCCAGAGAGAGCUAUCCCCGCGAAGAGCGAAGCGCCAGGCCGCGCGAACGCGAUCCGCCAGAGGACUACGGGCCUUCGAGACGCGCUCUCAACGCCCUCUAGCCCCUGCCUCGUGUCUCCGCACCGUAUCCGUACCGUUCGGCGAUGAAGCCAUCGGUGGAAGAUGUCGUCUCCCGCGUCGCGAAGCACGCGAGGCGCGGGUGUGUCGCGCCGGUCGUUCGAAGGAUCGUUGUUUUGGACCGCUUGGCCACUCUCAUCUCUUAGUACCCGCCUUAAUAGCACCGAUAACCUUGCAACUCAUCGAGCUACGAGAUUUUACGUCGAUACACUUAUGCACUUUCAUCGAUGAUAUUAUUAAUUAAUUGUAAAUAUAGAUAGGCCCGCCGGUCGAGGGGCGUUCGAGCUUCCUAUCGAGGCGAUAGACGUUCGGGGAAUCCCAGAGGUUUCGGUGGGAUACGGUGCGGAGGACGCACGCGGUGCUUACGGACCGGUUGUUUUGCCAUUUUGUGUAAUUUUCAGAGAUUUUGAGUAUCCGUUGUCGCGCAUAAAGACGCUGUCUCGAUUUACUGAGCUUCGGUGGCUUUGAGACCGGAACGAGCGGAUCUCGGCAGAUUGUAUUUCCCGGCUCGUUGGAUCUAUAUAUGUUGUGAUUAUUUAUGCUAUUGCUAGCUAGUAAUUUUCGUUCGGCGAAGUAGAUGUUGAUUUUAAGUAUUUAUAUUUAAAAAUAAUUCUAAAUAGUAGAUUUGUAAAAAAAUACGUUGCGUUUAAUAGUAAUUUAUUCAAAAUAUUGCAAGUUAAAUGUCCUUGUAAAAAUAUGGACCAAUUCCCUGUUCCAUAAUUUGUUCUGUUUUCCUAAUAAUGUAAAUUAAUUAAUUGACUUUGCUAGGAGGCCAACAGACGGCUUUCUGGGCUUCAGUUUUUGGUGUAAAUGAUUGUGUCGUGAAGAGGUGGAGAAAGGUGCCGUCAUAGAUAAUAUGCCUGUUAAAACACUAGAGGGCGGGCAUCACAACUGAACCAUCUAUGAAAGUCUUUCAUCUAAAACAAAAUACUUUACGAUUUAGGUACUUAAAAUUAAAAAAGCCCCUUCUUAAAUGGUUUGACCGACUGUUUAAAAAAAAUAGAAUUUCCGAUUAUAAACAUUAAUACGUCAAUAUUUAGACUAAGAUAAACUUCAUGAGUUAUUUACAAUACCUGCAAAAUGAAAUCGUUGUCGAAUUCUGAAUAUUCAAGAAAAAUUUUGUCCCAUGAUUGUAUACAUUCAGAAUCCUAUGGCGGCACCGUACGGUACGUCUGUAUAAAUACUGAAUUAUAUCUAGUGCCGUCAGAUAUUAUCUAAUACCCAUUUUUUGGACAUACUCUUGUAAUUAUAAUGCAUCGUCUGUACUUCAUUGUUGCAAUCAUUUGUAAAUAAAAUACUUUAUAUCGA